CGUCUCAUAACCUCCACCAGAAGCGCUCUUUCUUUCAUUCGGCUCAGCUGCCCUGUCAUGCCAGAAGAAGAGCAUCCUUGACGAAAGAUCGCAGCUGCCUAGUAGAACCGGCCCCGCAAGAAAGCUUCUCUGCCUGCUCCACAUAGUGACGCCAUCAUGUAUCAUCCAUGCUCAGAGGAAGUUCUUAGACAUAACGGCGCGUACCGGUAACGUCGGCGGGAUAUCGGAGCACGUCUCGCGAUUGCAAUUCGGAUGGAAGAGUCGCUGACGGAACCAAGACGCGAGAUCGCAGAGGAAUCGGGAGCUUCCGCGUUUAGCGCCGCAAAACGUGGCAGGUGCACCAUCGCCGACGCCGGUGAUAUGAGCUUCUCUCGGCCUGGUGGUUCUUGGAGUCCCUGAGCCAUGCCAGUCAUCGUUCGCAGCCCGAAUGCGACGGUCGUGCGACGUCGCGCGCUUUCGUCGCACGAAAUGGACCUCGAAUGGGGAACGUCGCCUGAGACUCGCAAGGCGUUGCAGAGCGACUCUCGCGAUAUGCGAGGCGACGCCGGUCUCACGAGCUGCUUGUCGCCUCCCGGCGGUAAACCGAAACGGUCUCCCGAUCGCCACGUGUCCAUCACAAAAAUGUGGACCUCUCCUAUAUUGUAGGUAUAGUUGUUCGUAUAGCAAGGCUACUCCGUAGCAGACGUACCUAUGCCAUACCUACUG